CAUGUGCAAAUAAACAUUGGUUAAUUCAGCUUUGCGUAGAACCAGAUCGCCGACCUAAAACUGUCGAGCUCGAACUCUUUUAUUAUAAAAUUUUACAACACGACUCUGGUGCGCCAUGUUUCUUAUGCAAGACAUCUCCCUGACUUCCUCCACUAGGUCUAGGUUCUCUCUUAAAAGUUACUCAUUAUUAAGCUCGUCAUGGCGAUCUGAUCUAUCAAAUGGCAGCCUGACCUCAACAAGGAUGACAGCCUCAGCUCCAUACGCCAGGCUGAAUGGGGUUUCGCCUGUUGCCGAGCUGGGCGUAGUGCGGUAUGACCAAAGCACUUUAUUGAGCUCAUCAACCCAAUUAGAAUGCGAAGCUAAAACACACGCCUUGAGGCCUCGCAAAACAAUUUUAUUAGCGGACUCAGCCUGUCCGUUUGACUGUGGAGUAUACACAGACGUCAAGGCGAGCUCAAUGAUAGUCGUUGCAGAACGACCUCAGUGCCGUGGCUCGGAACUACGAACCAUUGUCAGCAAUGAUCCUCUUAGGUAUGCCAAACCUGCACAAUAUUAAAUUGAACAAGAAUUCUUCUAUUUUCUUCUCUGUUGUCGUGGACAAUGGUUUAGCUUCUAUCCAUUUGGUGAAGCAAUCCACUGCGACAAUUAGGUAUGUGCAACCUCCUUUGCCUUUCACAAAAGGGCCGAGCAGGUCGACUCCCCAUUAAGCGAAAAGCCAGGGAGAGGAAAGUGAUGAGAGCAUUUCUCUUGGCAUGUGAAUGUCAU